GUCAUACCACGUAGUCGGGCGCGUGGACACCGACAGAUGAGGAUCUCCAACGACGGCUGUGUUUUUCCGCGGAUAAGUGCUCGACGAAAAGUCGCUCGUGGGGUGUCGUAGCAUGCUAAGUACUGAUUGCAAAUCAGCACACGAUCUGGGGGCUUCUGACACCUACUGCCACGGUCGCCCAGUAUGGGGGAUAAAGAGCAUUAUGUACACUUCAGUAGCGCCAGUGGUGUUGGCUGUAACAAUAUCGUUAUCCAGCCGUUGCGCCACGGCCACUUGAACGUCAAUCUUGGUUUUUUACAGAUACAUCAUAUAUAUCACAUAGAGUUUACUGUGCCGUGGAAUAAGUGCGUAGUUCAUCCGGACGAUGAAUCUUCGGAGCCUGCCAUACCCACUGGCAAAAAGAAUGCGAAUUGUAGAAUAGUCGACUGUUCCAAAGAAAAAGAUGACCUUAGGUUAAAAGUUGAGCUAUUCGUGCACACGGAGCGUUUUCUCAAGGAAGAGUUCCAAAUAACGUGCUGCGUAAAAGGUGCACCUUUGACAAUCUACCUGAACGCUCGGGUAUUCGGCGAAGACCAGGGCACGCCAAUUUUGCGCAAUGGUAUCCGUAACGUCGGUAAAAAGGAUCAUCACGCGAAAAAAGGCCAGAGCAGCGGUGGUUCCGAUAAGGACUCCGAUGCAGACAGUUCCGACUGAUCUUCGAAAAAACCAACUGCUGUCUGAAAUAACCUUGAAAGCCUAAAAAAACUGUGUGAUUUUGCAGACGGGUUCUACUCCGUGUAUAGCGACACUUGUCCGUGCAUGAUAUUUUAAUUAAGAAUAUCUCCUAGUUUUUUAAAAGUUACAAAUUCAACGCCUAUCAUUCUGCCGUCCCAAGGAAAAAAGCGUAAUUGCCAGAAAUUUUAAUGGCUCUUGGGCUUUUAUUCCCUGGGACGGCAGUAUUAAUAUCUACUUUUUAUGCCAUUAUUUUUAUAAGCUAGUGCAUUACCGUAUGUGAUGAGGUGUGUAAGCGUGGACUGUUACUAUUUGAAACUUUGUAUUUAUUAACGGAAAGAAAAAUUAUGACCUCGAAAAUAUUAGUUAAAAUUCACAUGUAUAUAAUUUAGCAUAUAUAACUGUUACGUUUAUAUGUUUAUUAUGUUAGAAAUAUCACGUAGAAAAAACAUUCGAAAAAAACGUAUAGAACUAAAAAAAU